UUGAAGCACCACCACAUCCUCACACAAUUGUUUUAAGUCACAGCCACAAAAUCAGCAAGAAUUUAAAGGACAGUCAACAUCAAAUACAGUUUUGUAAUCAGGUCCACUCUUUUUAUUGAGCAUAAGAUGUACAGUAGUGCCCGCUCUGUUGGCAGAGGGGAUGCCAACCAUAGUGCAGGACGAGAUGGAAGUGGUACUGGUAGUCAGGGAUCCGGCCGUUCUCCUCGCCUUCCCCGUUCUCCUCGAAUGGGACACCGUCGCACCAACAGCACUGGAGGCAGUGGAGGGGGGCCUGGAGGAGCAGGAGGCAAGACGCUUUCCAUGGAGAACAUCCAAUCCCUCAACGCUGCAUAUGCCACCUCAGGACCAAUGUACCUGAGUGACAAUGAGGUGGCCAUGGCAGGGGACCACAUUCCUAAAAGUGGUGGGACAAUGACAACCAUGGGGCGGCAGAGGGUGACGUAUGGUUCCAGGAGCAGCAGCAGUGGAGUGGUGGCUGCUAGCACACCCAACAUCUCCACCUCAGUACCUGCCAAUGCUGUGUUGCCAGCAGGCAUGAUGGCGGGUGAUGCUCUCGCUUUUGGGGACCAUCACAUGGCCUCCACUGUGCCUCAUUCUCUGAGGCAGGCCAGAGACAACACUAUACUUGACCUGCAGUCCCAACUUAAAGAGGUUUUGCGUGAGAAUGAGAUGCUGCGGCGGGAGGUGGAAGUUAAGGAGAGCAAGCUCAGUUCCUCCAUGAAUUCUAUAAAAACCUUCUGGAGCCCAGAGUUAAAGAAAGAGCGAGCUCUUAGGAAAGAUGAGGUGUCUAAGAUCACUGUCUGGAAGGAACAAUACCGUGUCAUUCAAGAUGAAGCACAGCAUCUCCAGAUGACUGUUCAGGCUCUUCAGGAUGAGCUAAGGAUCCAAAGGGAUCUCAACCAGCUCCUUCAGCAAGAUCCUGCAAACCAAGGCCGGGACCUGGCCCUGACAUCUGAACCUACAGAGGAGAAUUACCGGCGGUUACAUGUUGAGCAUGAGAGACAGGCCAAAGAACUCUUCCUCCUGAGGAAGACCCUGGAGGAGAUGGAGCUGAGGAUUGACACCCAGAAGCAAACCCUGGGAGCCAGAGACGAAUCCAUUAAGAAACUUCUGGAGAUGCUGCAGAGCAAAGGGCAAUCUGCCAAAGCCUCAGAAGAGGACCAGGAGAGGACCAGGAGGCUGGCUGAUGCAGAGAUGCACAGACAUCACCUUGAGAGUUUACUGGACCAAAGAGACAGAGAGACCGCCGCUCUGAGAGAGGAGCUGCACCGUCGCUAUGAGGGAACCCCAGAGUCGACCAAAACUAAGGCUCUACAGACGGUCAUUGACAUGAAGGAUGCAAAAAUCAACUCAAUGGAGCGGGGCCUGAGGGACAUGGAGGAGGAGCUGCUUAUGAUGAAAUCAAAUGGACUUCUGAGCUGUGAGGAGCGUCAGGAAGAGAUGAAGCAGAUGGAAGUUUACCGCAGCCACACCAAGUUCAUGAAGAAUAAGAUGGAGCAGGUGAAGCAGGACCUCUCCAGGAAGGACACGGAGCUGCUUGGUUUGCAGACCAAGCUGGAAACGCUCACCAACCAGUUCUCUGAUAGCAAGCAACACAUUGAAGUCCUCAAGGAGUCACUCACUGCCAAGGAGCAGCGAGCUGCCAUUUUACAGACCGAGGUUGAUGCCUUACGCCUGCGUUUGGAGGAAAAAGAAGCAACUCUGAACAAGAAGAGCAAGCAGAUACAAGAAGUGUCAGAAGAGAAGGGCACACUUAACGGGGAAAUCCACGACCUCAAAGACAUGCUGGAGGUUAAAGAGCGCAAAGUUAAUGUGCUACAGAAGAAGAUUGAGAACCUCCAGGAGCAACUGAGGGACAAGGAGAAGCAGAUGAGCAGCCUGAAGGAGAGAGUCAAGUCUUUGCAGGCAGACACGUCCAACACUGACACUGCUCUCACCACGUUAGAGGAGUCUCUCGCAGAAAAGGAACGCAUCAUUGAGCGUCUAAAGGAGCAGCGGGACAGAGACGACAGGGAGAAGACAGAGGAGCUCGACUGUAACAAGAAGGAACUGAAGGAGCUGAAGGAGAGACUGAGUCUGCUGCAAGGAGAUCUGUCAGACAGAGAGACCUCACUGUUGGACUUGAAGGAGCAUGCAUCAUCUCUGGCCUCCUCAGGGCUGAAGAAGGACUCAAAACUCAAGAGUCUUGAGAUCGCCUUGGAGCAGAAGAGAGAAGAGUGUCUUAAACUGGAGAAUCAGCUUAAGAGGGCUCAAAAUGCAGCCCUGGAGGCUCAAGCCAACACAGAGCUGGCCGAGCGCAUUAAGAACCUCGAGCAGGAAGUUGCCCGCCACAAAGAGGAUUCUGGGAAGGCCCAGGCUGAGGUGGACCGCUUGCUUGAGAUCCUGCGGGAGAUGGAGAACGAGAAGAAUGACAAAGAUAAAAAGAUCAGUGAGCUGGAGAGUUUGGCCUCCAGGCAAAUGAAGGACCAGACAAAGAAAGUGGCGUCUCUGAAGCACAAAGAGCAGGUGGAGAAAAGCAGAAAUGCUCGGCUCAUGGAUGAAGCUAGAAAAAGGGAAGACAACAUGUCUGAGAGCUCCCAGCAGGUGAAGGACAUUAUGCGUCAGAAGUCAGAGCGUAUAGAGGAGCUGGAGGAGGCCCUGAGAGAGAGCGUUCAGAUCACUGCUGAGAGAGAGAUGGUGCUCGCACAGGAGGAGGCUGCCAGAUCACUGCAGGAGAGACAGAAGCACUCACUCAAACCAAUGCAUGAGUCGAACCUCGCCCACAUUAAGUUGUCAAAGAUGGAGGAGCUGUUGGGGGCCAUGGAGAAGGUGAAACAGGAGCUGGAGUCUAUGAGAGCCAAGCUGUCAUCCACCCAGCAGUCUCUGUGUGAGAAGGAGGCACACCUCACUACCCUGCGAGCUGAGCGCAGGAAACACCUGGAGGAGGUGCUGGAGAUGAAGCAGGAGGCACUGUUGGCUGCCAUCAGCGAAAAGGAUGCUAACAUCGCCCUUCUGGAAUUGUCCUCCUCAAAGAAGAAGAAGACCCAGGACGAAGUGUCUCUGUUAAAGAGGGAGAAGGACAGACUGGUGCAGCAGCUUAAGCAGCAGACUCAGAACAGGAUGAAGCUCAUGGCAGACAACUAUGAAGACGACCAUCUGAAGACUGCCCCUGACCAGACAAAUCACAAACCCUCUCCAGAUCAGAUGAUACCCCCUCUUCUAGCCCUGUCCCAGAACCGCAGUAAGCUCAAGCUCUACAUUGCCCACCUGACCGACCUCUGCCAUGACCGGGACCCCAGCAUUCUUAGCCAGCUCACACCGCCCUCUCACUACCACCACAGCGACCCUGAAGACUGGGAGGAGGAUCUCCAGAAGAUGACUGUCGAACAGUUGGAACGGGAGCUGGAGGUGUGUGAGAAGGAGAGCGGAGAGCUGCAGGAGUACGCCAACUCUGUUCUCCAGCAGAUUGCGGACUAUUGCCCCGAUAUCCUGGAGCAGGUUGUCAAUGCUCUGGAGGAGUCGUGCUAACAACAACAACAACAACCCUGACCUCAGACACAAAGCAGCUGACUCUUGGUCCUGGUAAAACCUGUAGCUGAGCCCCAGUGAGGCUCCUGGAAAUAAGAAGGGAAGGAAGAAUGCAGGGGCCUUAUCUCAAACCCACCAAGCUCUAAUUCUUUGCUCCCCUCAUCAACCCUGGAACAAACCUGAGUGCUUUCCUGUCUCAUGUGUCUCUAGAGCGGCAGUAAUCGAAUUAGGGAUGUUCACGGUCUUAUCAUAUUGCUCUCAAAUAUGCCACUUUGAGCAAAUAUCAUAUUACUUACUGCAAACUGAGGUCUGAUCAAUUAAUGAUGACCACGGCAGAUGGUGUACUCACAGAUAGACGGCUAAACAUGUGUCAGGCAGGCAACAGCACAGAAGACCUUCUUUCCACCAAGUGGUAACGUUCAGUUUAGUUUUUGUGCGGUGAUUGUCAAAAGCUGUGAUGGGUAACUGUUCUGUACUAUUGUUGUUCUUAGCAUCUUAUCAUCUUAGCUUCUACUAGGUCUGCUAGGGUCUGCAUGACGUUCAUUUCUUCCUCCACCCGUUUGCGUGUUGGUCCACGUGGACAAAGUCGCACACACCUCCAGUUUAAAUCUGCACACACGCUUUACACGCUAUCUUUAGCACAAAGCUUUCCGUUCCAGUCGAGGGUGACCUCUCGUUUUGGUCAAAGGAGAUGACAAAGACGAUAGUAACCAUGGACAGUUGCGUGAGGUUAAGCACAACCACACAGUGUGUGCUCGACUCGGAGCUCAAAGAACACAAGGAUCCACAUGCUAAAAUUGAAUGUGUAUGGAAAGCUAGACUGAUGCCGAGUCUCGUUAUGGUAUGAACAGAACUGCAGGCACGUGACGCACAUGUGGAAAUGCAGAGCAGCUACACCUGGUCCGUACUGUGUCACAUUCUUCUUUUGUUGCAUUUAUUGGCAGAAUACACUGUGUCACACUGGGGUGAUAAACGUAGCUGACACAGCUCACACACAGCUCACACACACACGCACGCCACUUGGUGGAAACCAGGCUAGAUUGGGAUUUACCGUUUCACAAUGCACUGAACUGAACUGAACUGGUAACACUUGGUGGAAACGCAACUUCAGAAGUUGGUCAGGAAAUUAAACAUGCAAAAUUAAAUAUAUAUCUACAGUACAUCUAUAUCUAUAUCAAAGCACACCUGUAAAGUCUAGGACUGUUGCGUUGGGAGGGGAAAGACUUCUGCACAAGGGCUUGGACAAACUGCCAACCGUCCUCUCCCUGGACCCCGUCACUCACAGCAGGAAUUGCCAGAUCCAGCACAGUUACCUCACCGUUUACCUCAUAGGUUUGUCUCACAAUAUUGUUAGAAGAAGGGGGUGACUCUGGUCCCUCACGUGGGGCAGGAAAGCACUUUGAGAACUGGGGAGCUGCUACAUCUCGAGAGGAUCAGGGAGGAGAAAAGUUUGGUGUGAGUCGUGGAGCUCUGUAGACGCUCGUCUUGUAUUUUACUCAAAACUCACGAGAUGGGAAAAACAGCCGCCGGUGGCCGAUCGUCACUCUCUUACCAAAUAAAUGUAGCUGUUGUCCAAAUGGUCUCCCAGCUCAGAGUUGUGGAUCUGUCUGUGUAGUUAGGAUUAAGAACAUUUUGAUGUGGGGAACUGGCAGAAGAGGGGGAACCUAGACUGGACCUUUGACACUUAUCAACGACCAGAAUUUAGUUAGAAUACGUUUUCAGGAGAUGAGAGGGAGGGGAGAAAAAAAAGCUUUCACUUCUUGUGAUGUAUUAAUUUUUAUUUUUUUUUUCUCUUUAACAAAAAAGGGUUUUGCACACAACGUCCACUUGUCUAUAAGGUAUGCAAUGUUUCUUUUGAGAACGUUCUAGUGGCCUUGGAGCAUGCACAGAGAUCAGUACUGGACCUAAUGCAGGGAAAUUUCUUCCUCUGUAAUAUUGGUGCUACGGCAUGAUGUAGGGAAUUUUCUGAUCUGAUCCACCGAUCAUUCAGUUUCAUCCAAAGUUUCUAUAGAUUUUACUUAAAGCCCACCUGACCUUCAGUUUGACAAGAAAAUGGCUGAAGAACCCGUGUGACGCCGCCCCCUUUUGUCUCAUGUUCGUCAGGUCACUUUAACAAGUGAUGCCUCCUUUUCUUGUGUCUUUUGAAAUCUUCAGGGCUGAGGUUUUUAAUUACUAAGUGCAUCUACGUGUACAAGACAUGAAAAGUCACUUUUCAGCAGAUUUUGACUUUUUAAGUGAUCCGUUUGUAAAAAAAAAUAAAGAAGUGAUAUUUAACACGUACAGUGACUGAAAUAAAGGUAAUUAAGUGGAAGGUGUUGUGCAUUCUUUAAAAAAAAAUAAUCACAAGUUCAAAGCAGUGCAGUUGUCUUUUGUGUCUAAAUUUGUCAUCAGGACAAAAUGUGCGUGCGUGUGACGGUACUGCCAUAAAUUGCGGAAAGUCAUGUUCUAUAGAGAUAUAUAUAUAUAUAUAUAAAAAAAAUAUAAUACAUAUAUAUAAAAAUGUUUACUGUAUGGAUAUGCAUUGAAUGUUUGCACAGAAUUUUGAAAGAGCAAGUGGCUCUGAACAAAAAGGCCGUCAUGUUGGCGUCUUCAGCACAGACUGGAGAUGAGAAGUGUCAAAAAAAUAAUGAAAUAAACAAACUUGUGUCAAAAUAAUGUGUUGAAUACAAAAUGUUUUAAAAAAGCGUGACCGUGUGAUGGAGGGAGAGUACGUUUCUUGCAUUUAUUUGAAAUGAUCACUUUUGUUUUCUAUCUCUUCACCACAUGGAGAUCUGCGUGUAUUAUCCCGAGAUGGUCAGUGUUGUCUGUUUUUUCGUUCUUUUUUAUUCUUCUUACCUGUUCUGUCAUGGUUGAUGUGAACGGCAGAUUGAUUAAAAAAAAAAAAAAAAAAAAGAGUUCUCCAACCAUCAUGUCCCCGCCUGCUGUUGCAUAACAGGAACAUAUGUUACGGAGCAGACACUGCGUCAUUAUACAUCUAAAAAUAAAUGAAUUUUUUUUAACAAACUUCCUGUGUGUGGCUGAUUUACAGAUACAUUUGGGUGGUUGGAUUCUUUUUAAGUGGACUAACGGCUAUCAAAGGUUUCCAUCCUUCACCAACACUUAGAUUAGCAGCUUUGGAAGAACAAGAAGGCGGUGUGUUUUAUUUCCCUUCCAUUGGCCUGUGUGUCCCUGCCCUUGCCUUAACGUCUGGUCACUUGUUUUUCUCUUCAGUGAGGAACACGGGCUUCUGUCUGUCGAGCUUGUGGUGUCUGUUUGUUUCUUUCAUACGAUAUAUGAGAAAAGUACUGCCUUCUGUCUGUGUUAAGAAUCAAACUGUAAAAAAAGGAAAAAAGAAACACAAAACCAGACAUGUUUGUGAAUUAUUUGGUUUUUGUAUGUAUGUAAAUAAAUAUAUUAUAAGCCUUG